AUGGAGUCUGUGCAGUACAAUGGCUUUGAGACCUCUGAAGAUAACUCUGACGACGACCAUGGAUGGAAGGAAGUCAUGGAGUACAAUGGCUUUGAGACCUCUGACGCUAACUACCACGAGUACAAUGAAUGGAAGGACGUCGUGUACCGUAAGCGGAACCCGAAGCAAAAACCGGUAGAUCAGGCGGCAAACGGCGAAGUUGUUUCCGACAAGAUUGGUCCUGAUGGAAACAAGCAAGCGGCCAAGAUGGUUGCUGCAGAUGUGGAUCAUGAAGAGCCGAAUGGUUCAGGUGCCGCGAGGGGUGAGAACGUGAAGACUGAGGAAACUAAAAAGCCGAAACCUAGUAGGAAGAAGAAGAAGAACAAGAAAAAGAACACAGCAGUGUCUUUGUCCGAAGCUUUGGCGAAGAUCGAUCCUUCACAUCUUGCAGAGUUCCUUGUGAAACAAGCAUUGGAACCUAAUUGGAGUCAGAUAGUGGAAUUUCUCGACUACUUUGAGACAGCACUUUCCCAAGUAUCAUCUGUGCAGUUACCAUGGCUGGAGAUGUUCAAUAACAAUUGCCCUUUGUCCAAGAUGAUCCAUGUUCCAUUAUCACAUAUUCCUGAACCUGUCUACAAAGCAUCAGCUGAUUGGAUAGACCAGUUUCCAGACAAAACAGUCUCUACCUUUGUAAAGUGGGCCUAUAAGAAUAUUCGCACUGAUUUGGCAGAAGAACAAGAAGUCAUCAUAGACUGUGACAAGGAUGAGUUCCUUGAAAAGUUAUGUUUUGUUUUCUAUGAUCAGGUGGCGUUACAUGUUGCAUUAGCAAUGGUGUUACGUAGGAGACCCCACUCUUUGAUUUUCUUAUUGCCGGCUAUGUGGACGGAUAUUUCGUCUAAGUAUCGAAAACUGGACGAGGUUCCAUUUACAGUUUGGAUGAUGGCUCAGGCCUCCCAAGGUGAUUUAUCUGUAGGUUUGCAUGCAUGGGCGCAUACAUUGUUACCACUAGUGGCUGACAAGAAGUGCAACGUUCAGUCCAGAGAUUACAUUCUGCAACUGGUUGAGAACAUUUUGUCGAAUCCAGAGGCUCGUACCGUGCUCGUGAAUGGGACUCUUAGUGAGGGAAAGAGACUGAUUCCACCUCAUGCAUUUGAGGGCUUGCUGCGGCUUACAUUCCCUGCUUCAUCCGCAAGAGUAAAGGAUACAGAGAGGUUUGAGGCAAUCUAUCCCUUUUUGAAAGAAGUGGCUCUUGCUGGUGCACCAAUGCAACAAGUCACUCAACAGAUAUUCACUUGUACUCUAAAGUUAGCUGGAGAAGGAAACCCUAUUUUAGCUAAGGAAGCUACAUCAAUCGCUAUCUGGUUGGUGGCUGAAGAUGCUGAUUGCUUCAACCUAUGGGACAGUAUCUAUGAGGAAAAUAUAGAAGCUAGUGUUGCUCUUCUUAAGAAGCUUGUAGAUGAAUGGAAGGAGUGUUCCCUUAAACUAUCAUCAUCGCCGAGUGAUAUCAUCACUCUCACACGAACUAUCAAGAGCUUGAGGGUAAAGAAUGAAAAAGCCAUCACUGAAGGAAGAGCCAAUGCUUCUCUUUACAUAGAAGCUGACAAGUCAUGCAAAGUGAUCUCGGGGAGACUCUCUCGUCGAAGUGGCUGCCUCAUAGGUACAGCCAUCACUGCUGUGCUUCUAGCUGCUGCAGGAGCUGCUGCUGCGAUAACUAAGAUUUCGUUUUUAUGA